AGCGCCCGCUCUGCUAUAAAUUAACCCCAAAUCCAAUACCCAGCAUCCACUUUCUCCAAAAUUAGCCGCGAUUCAAAGCUUCUUAUUUUACCUUCUCCGUUGUUCAAGCGAAGGAUAGAUGGCUCGUACCAAGCAGACCGCUAGGAAGUCCACAGGAGGCAAAGCCCCACGGAAGCAGCUGGCAACAAAGGCAGCUCGCAAGUCAGCACCAGCCACCGGAGGUGUCAAGAAGCCCCACCGAUUCAGGCCUGGAACUGUCGCCUUGAGAGAAAUUAGGAAGUAUCAGAAGAGUACUGAGCUUUUGAUCCGCAAGCUCCCAUUUCAAAGACUUGUGAGGGAAAUUGCUCAGGAUUUCAAGACUGAUCUGAGGUUCCAGAGCAGCGCUGUUGCAGCUCUUCAAGAAGCAGCAGAGGCUUACCUCGUUGGGCUAUUUGAGGAUACAAAUCUCUGUGCUAUUCACGCUAAGAGAGUUACUAUUAUGCCCAAAGAUAUUCAAUUGGCCCGAAGGAUUAGGGGUGAAAGGGCUUGAGACAAUUGUUAGUAUGUUUAGUAGAUCUGUGUCUUAGACAUCUGUUUUUAUCUCUAGCUUAAUUCGGCUCUUGUUAGAUCUGUUUGUUUUCCCUAAUAUUUGGGAAAAUCAAUUUGCAGUCGUGAUGGAAAUCUAAAGGCAAAGUGGUUUUGCUACAAAUUUUUUCUGUA